AUCACAUCUUCAAUUCAAUCCACUCCAUUUCACGUUUAUUGCCUACGUAACUUAAUAGCGACUUGAGACGAUAUAGUAUCAAACUUUAAAUAUAUCCUAGAUCAUUUGGGAUACGAUCGAAUAUCUCCAGCGAAUAUCUCAAAGAGCUCAAGAUGGAUAGAGGUCGAGACAGAAGGUUAGUUCUGAUUUAUUUUAUUCACAUGUAUGCAGCAUUCGAAGCGCAACAUGGUAUAUCGAGUUGAAGACAUAUCUCAUUCCCGGAUCGUUGUAAGAAGUUGAAGGGUCUUGCAAUCUCAAUAUGAAAGCCAAGAAUCCCAGGAGAAACCCAACAAUAUUUCUUGUUUGCAGUCGGUCAAUGCCGUCGUUAUCCUCGAAUGGACAUAUGGGACUACCAGGAAGGAGAUUCAGAAAUUUUGUGGCAGUGGCCAGACGGUGCUGUACAAGUUGAACAUAAAAAUUUCGCUCGAAGAACCCACGAAUAUUGCACAUGGUCGCACAACGCUCCCGAUUUCCAAAUUUGCGCCUGCAGGAAGGGCUUCAAUGGUCGAGGUUUUUCGGGCAGCCAAAAAUGAUCCAGAAAGAAGACACUGCAAGAGAUUACCUCGUCAGUCGUGCGCGACUAGGGUGAUACCAAUUUAUGCCUCGCGCUGUGGUUGAAGCUAUGAACCAAGCUGGUAACAGGCCCAUUAUCGAUAACCGUCGACAUAUCUGGCAAUAGGGCGCUUUUUCUUCUAUUCACCUAUCACUUUGGGCAUAUGAGCUCACAAGCGGUGAGGAGAGCUUGCAGUGUUGUAACAUGGGCACCCUUAUGAAUAGCGAUGAAGGAAAUGUUGCCCUUAGUCUAGGUCAAUCAAUGGUUAGCAACGCAGACAUCAACACAAUAACAAAUAUACCGGCCACCAGUCAAGAAGGAAUCGACGUUUCAGCUAUUGAGACCCUUACGAUCAAAACGAAUUGGUAUUAGGAGGAUAUUCGAAGGUCAAAAAAUGCGGAAUCGAUGUCCUAAUGAUAGCACGUUUAUAAUGAAGGAUGAGGAAUCGCUAACGAAUAGUAUUUGUAGAAUGGAUAUCCGAGGUGAUGGCGAAGUCACAAGGCUGGGAGCGGGUGAAUCAUAUAGACCUAAUCAUAACCGACGCUCACCACCGCGAGCCGACACUUUCAGAUCCGACCGGGACAGAGACAGGUCACCUCGCAGAGAUCGACGAACUCCACCAUUAUCCAGCGACAGUUAUCAUCCUAGCGGACGUGAUCGUUCACCAAGACGUAGAUCAAGAACACCUCCAUAUCGCGCAAGAGACCGAUCACCACUUCGAGAUAUGACUUGGCGUGGCAGACCCAGGUCACCAAUUCGAGGAGCUCGAACUCCAUUGAGAGCCCGAAGUCCAAGAAGAUUUUCUCCUAGACGAGACGAUGAUCGCAGAGAGCGACCUAGAUCGCCAAGAAGAGACGACAGGUAGAUUGAUAUUAUUACUGUUAAAUGAGAUUGAAUUGUCAAAAUCUAACAAUUUCCAGGAGACGUUCGAGGUCACCUUUCGAUCGUAGCCGUACACCCCUUCGAGCUAGAUCCCCCAUCCGAGCUAGAUCGCCCCUGCCUCGCAGAUCACCACCCCCUGGCCCGAGAGGCUCUUGGCGUCCACGUUCUCGCAGUCGUGACCCGAGAGAUGUUCGUACCCCUCUUGGACCAAGUUCACAAAAUUGGAGACGUCGUUCACCUUCACCCAUACGCCGAAGAUCACCAUCUCCAAUCAGACGUCGGUCUCCUUCUCCGGUUCUUCGCGAUUCAGAAAGAUCAUCAGGUAGAAGUUCUGGCACCAAUUCCCGUCGAUCAUCUCCACCUGUCCACCCUAGCAGGCAAGCUUUAACGCAAGCAGCAACCCGCGAAGCAAUACGUUCACCUGUGCCAGUGAGAGAUCGAUCCCCUGCAGGUUUGGCUCAUAGACAAAGAGAGCAAGAAUCUUCAAGAUCCGCCCCGAAAGAUCGGUCACCAAUUCGCCCUACGGCUCCAAGAUCACCUCCUCGGGGUCCAGCAGCAACCUUUCGAGCCCCAACUGGACCCAGCGGAGGCCGCAACUUCGCUGCGCCUAUUCCAUCCGGCCCUUCUUCAAACUAUAAUUCGAGAUCUGGUUCUGAGAGUAACGGUCACAUCGCUCCACCAUCAGGCCCACGUGGUUACGCUCCACCUCGCGGCCCUUCCGCUUCUUUGAGAGGUGGUCGAUCAUCAUUUAGCAACGACCGUCACAGUCGUCCAGAUACGUCGUCUUGGGGAGCAGCACCCCCAGCUCGCUCCAAUGCAGAAUUAAGCUCAAGAACUAGUCUGCCUCCACCGCGUCCUCCUCCAAGUGUCUCCCCUUCACCAGCUAGGGACACCCCCCCUGCUGCACCUACAGGUCCUUCGGGCAUUCCAACAGGCCCUCGCGCAGGCACUACGGCUCCUUCUCGUCCCUCACUUCAACAUUCCUCCAAUAUAUAUCAUAGUCGCGGUUCCAUCUCGGGUCCCUCGUCGGGUCCUCGUAUACACCCAGCAAUGGUAGGCAUUCCACCCAUCAUACCGGGAGGGAGGAUUGAUCCAACAGCCUCUGGAAUUUCUGCAGAUUUAGCAGCUCGUCUCAAGAAAAAGGAAGAGGAAGCGGAAAUCUUAAGAGAGGAAGUGAAGCAAAAACAGGAGAAGCUUAGGAAGGGAUUAAAGCAUUGGGAUAGAUUGAGCAGGGAAAGUGCAAGUAUGGGUUUGAAAAGCGAGUUGAGCGAAAGACAUUUGAGAAUUUUGGCUGGUGAGGGCGUAGGCGGAAAGGCCUUUUAA